GGGAGUUGGUUCAAGUCUGGAAAAACUAAUGGCUGGUGUGUUUUUGUUCCUCCGUAAUGAUCGUCGGUAAAGUCUAGGCUUCCAUGCCAGGAUCUCUGUGCAUCUUGUCUCUGCUAACACAGGUAACCCGAAAGCUGGAGAGGGAAUGGCGUCUCACUAACUGGCAGAGUGGAGCUGGGCAGUGACGUCAUCAAGCACGCUUCCGUGGACGUACUUCCAGUAAGUCUGUGCUCUCCGUGGAUAAUCCGUGCUUUCGUGUGAACCGCCAAGGUAGGAAAAACAGAAGAAACUUGGGUGCUGGGAAACGGACCGAGUUCAGCGGGUUUCAGUGAGCUUGUUGAACUAUGACUGAGGCUGAGUUAUACACGCUGUACAAAGGCGUUUAUGUACCUUCAUAUCUGCAUCCUCCGGAAAGCCUCAGGUACUACGAGGACUUCACCUUUCGUCCGGACGAUAUUCUCAUUGUAACGUACCCAAAGUCAGGUACGACAUGGAUGCAGGAGAUUGUCCCACUGAUCAUGAGUGGAGGGGAUCCGGCCUCCGUUGAGACUCUUCACAACUGGGUCCGUGUCCCAUGGCUGGAGGAGUCUCUGGCCUGCACCCUCAACCUGGAAGAAAGGCCGUCUCCACGCAUGUUUUCAACACACUUCCGGUACAACAUGAUGCCACCAUCCUUCUACGAAGUUAAACCAAAGGUCAUCUAUGUCAUGAGGAACCCCAAAGAUGUGUUCACCUCUGCUUUUCACUACUUUGGGAUAACCUCGUUCAUGGUGAAACCUGGCCCACUGAGCGAGUUCCUCCAGAAGUUCCUUGAUGGAAAAGUUGCAUUUGGUUCCUGGUUUGAUCAUGUAAAGAGCUGGCUCAGUGCUGAAGAUAAGGAGCGCAUCAUGUACAUCUCUUAUGAAGAACUGUCAAAGGACCUGAAGGACUCUGUGACCAGGAUCACUCAGUUCCUGGAGAAAUCUCUGGAUAUGGAAGUGAUAGAGAAGAUAGCUGACCGGUGUUUGUUCAAGAACAUGAAGAAAAACAGCAUGUCUAACUACUCGGCCGUUCCCAAGGAAUUCAUGGACCAGACCAAGUCUGAAUUCCUCAGGAAAGGAAUUGCUGGAGAUUGGAAGAAUCUGCUAACAGCAGCAGAAGCAGAGCACUUCGAUGCCGUGUACAAAGACAAAAUGAAAGAUGUCAAAUAUAAAUUCGUGUGGGAUUAAAAAAAAAAAAGGCAGUGAAAGUCAUUCUGCCUUAAUGUGAGAGUCAGAAAUGUGACCAAAAUGUACAAAUGGUGCCUCAGAGUUCUGGUUUAUCUCACACUGCUUAAACAAUCUUGCUCCUUUAGGGGAAGCCAUUCAUUUAUGUAAAAAAAACAAACAAAAAAAAACAUCGGGUUUGUUCCCUGUUUCAGCACCAAUACCAGUAUUAAUAUCACCAAACGAUACAAUGUUCUACUUUGUAACAAACGUAAUUCAAUCCAGAGUAGAGCAGUGAGAUCUGUUUUGGUUCCGUAUGUGCUGUUUAUAUCCUACUUAAACAUCCGAAAUCCUUCAAUACAUCUCUUUUUUUUUUUAUUAUUAUCUAACUGUUCAUAAUAUUUUAUAUUCACCUACUGCAUUAGUAAAAAAAAACAAUUUAUAUUUUACUUAUGUACUUUAGCAGUUAAGUCCAUAACUGUUUGGACAAUGACACAAUUUUUGUAAGUGCAGAUUUUAGCUUUAAUUUAAAGGGUAACAAACUUAUUGGGUUAAUUGUUUGGGAAUUAUAGCCAGAGGCAGAAUUUUAUCAUUGUCCAAAUAUUUAUGGACUGUGUUUUUGAAUAUGUAAUCUGUUAUGCCAUUCUGAACAACCUGGAGUCAUUUUAAGCUACUUAAACUUACUAAUAAAUGCUAACAGUCAUGUUUAAAUUAACAGGAUAAAUGGAUAAUAUGUUCUUGCAUGAAUAAAAACUGACAAAUAAAUUGUAUUUCUUUGCA